ACAUAAACAAAGGAAUUGUGACAUUACGCAUUGCAGUGAAUAUAUUCGAAUUUUCCGCUCAAUUGCAUUUAUAAAAGUGUUUUCUUCUAGAUUAUCUCUCGCAUAUCCAGCGCGUGUGGCCUGCCUUAGUUCUUCAUCGCGUCAUACGAAUCAAGUAUACCUACAAACUACUCCUCCCACUGACUAGAAGACAGAACGAGAUAUCACAAUGUCCCCACGAAAAGCACACCCAGAAUUCGACUCUGACUCCGACCAAUCCCUGACAACUUCCCGCCCCUCCGAUAAUCAGUUAGACAAAGCGCUACGUGAUGUCGUCGCUGAUACCUUCAAGUCAGGUAAGACGGAUGAAUUGACGGUAAAGCGGAUGCGACUUGCGGCGGAGAAGGCGUUGGGGAUCGAGGAAGGGUUCUUUAGGAGUGACAAUGUGUGGAAGGUGAAAAGUGAUCAGAUUAUAAAGGAAGAAGUGACAGCACUCGAUCGAGAUUCACAGGAACCGGAAGAGCCAGAAGGAAAACAGAAAGCAAGAAUCAAGGAAGAAUCUCCUGCAACUGCGCCGAAGCCUGCAAAGCCGAAAGCACAACCAAAGAAGAACACCCCAGCCCCACGAAAACGUCAGCAAAUGGCUACUCCACAACCCAAAGAUGACGGUGACGAUGUCUCAGAUUACAAGGAAGACCAAAUGGAAGAGGUGAAGAAGCCGGCAAGGAAGAGAAAGGCGACACCGCAGAAAACCCAACCAAAACCGACUCCCUCGAAGGACAUAAUGGAAGACAAUUCUGAUUCCGAAGAAGAACAGGACUUUCAGCCUCCGAAAGACGAAGAGGAGAAGCAAGACACCUCGGAAAGUGAAAUGUCUAUCGUGCUCGAUGAGGAACCUGAGCCUAGUCGGAAACGACAAAAGAGCUCUGAAGUAUCCAAGCGGAAGAAACCCACAACGACAAAGAAGGCCGCACCCAAGGCGGCACCCAAAGCAAAGGACGUGGGUCAGGACCCCGACCAGGUAGAGAUCAAGCGCUUGCAAGGCUGGCUCAUCAAGUGCGGUAUUCGCAAGUUCUGGUCAAAAGAGCUGGCACCUUACGACACAUCGAAGGCAAAGAUCAGACAUCUGAAGGAGAUGCUGGCGGACGCGGGAAUGAAGGGGCGAUACUCUCUAGAAAAGGCUAAACAGAUCCACGAGGAGCGGGAACUCAAAGCGGAUCUCGAGAUGGUCCAAGAGGGUGCGAAACAAUGGGGCACGGGCAGUCAAGAGGCGGAGGAAACAAGUGAUAGCGGACCACGGCGACGGAGACUGAACCGAGGACGCCAAAGCCUUGCCUUUUUGGAGGACGAAGAUGGCGAGGAAACCGAUUAACGAGAGACGUGCAUUCGUACCUGCAGUGCAGGAGUUUCAUCGCCUGCCUGGCGCGGCUGUAAUAAUCCAUAUCGAGCAGUCUGAAGCGUAAAUGACAUAAUUCUGUACAUCAUCCACACCGUUAUUUGCCCGAUUUGGCUCCGCUAAUACGCUGUGCUGUCAGGCUGAAGACGGCGACGGAAGAAAUGAAAAGGACCAAAUUAUAGAAAGCAGUCCGCGAAUAUUCGUUCU